CGGCGUCAGGCACGUUGGCCAGUCAAAUAAUAUCCGCACCGGAAACGCACACGCAUCAAAAUUUUCCGCCGGCUCCGUGAGCAUCACCAAAGAGAGGGCUUCUGAACCGCUGUCCUGUUUACAAAAGCCACGCAACCAGCAAGCAUGAAGGGAAUGAUUCUUCAACUCAGCCGCAGCCUGAGCCGCGCCGCGCCGGCUCUGCGCAGGAGCGUCCACACGCGUCCGCGCCCCGCCACCGCGUCCAAGCUCACCUCGGAGGAAAUCUACGCCCGCGAGGAGAAGCAUGGAGCGCACAACUACCAUCCCCUCCCUGUGGCCCUGGAGCGAGGAGAAGGAAUCUACGUGUGGGAUGUGGAGGGCAACCGGUACUACGACUUCCUCAGCGCUUACAGUGCAGUAAACCAGGGCCACUGCCACCCUAAGAUCGUCGCGGCGCUCACCGAGCAGGCAUCCAGACUCGCCUUGACCUCCCGGGCGUUCUACAACGAUGUGCUGGGGGCUUAUGAGGAGUACGUCACCAACAUGUUUGGGUAUGACAAAGUUUUACCCAUGAAUACGGGGGUUGAAGGUGGUGAGACGGCCUGUAAGCUUGCCAGGAAGUGGGCCUACAACGUUAAAGGGGUUCCGAACAAUAAGGCCAAGAUCAUUUUUGCAGAGGGGAACUUCUGGGGUCGCACCAUGGCUGCCAUCUCCAGCUCCACUGACCCCAGUAGCUACGAAGGCUUUGGUCCUUACAUGCCCGGCUUUGAGCUCAUCCCAUUUAAUGACAUUCCUGCACUGGAGAAAGCCUUACAGGACCAAAAUGUUGCUGCUUUCAUGGUGGAGCCCAUCCAAGGAGAAGCAGGCGUGGUUGUGCCUGACCAGGGCUACCUGACCAAAGUGCGAGAACUUUGCACAAAAUACAACGUGCUGUGGAUUGCUGAUGAAGUGCAGACAGGCCUGGCACGGACUGGUCGACGGCUGGCUGUCGAUCACGAAGGCGUUCGCCCGGAUUUGGUGAUCCUGGGCAAAGCUCUCUCCGGAGGAGUUUACCCUGUGUCUGCUGUACUCAGCGAUAACGAGGUAAUGCUGACCAUUAAGCCAGGGGAACACGGAUCCACGUACGGGGGGAACCCUGUGGCUUGUCGCGUUGCUAUUGCAGCUUUGGAGGUGAUGGAGGAUGAGAAGCUCGCAGAAAAUGCUCAGAGGAUGGGAGAGAUUUUACGGGCCGAGUUGAGGAAACUGCCCAAAGACAUUGUGGCAACAGUCCGAGGGAAAGGCCUCCUCAAUGCAGUUGUGAUUAAAGAGACCAAAGACUAUGACGCCUGGAAGGUUUGCUUGCGCCUUCGGGACAACGGCCUCCUGGCCAAGCCCACCCAUGGUGACAUCAUCCGGCUGGCCCCGCCUCUCGUCAUCAAGGAGCACGAGCUUCAGGAAUGCAUCGACAUCAUCCAGAGAACCAUCAUGUCCUUCUAAAAAAAAAACAUGCAAACAUGCAAAGACGAAAACGUAGUCAAAAUCCUCUGAGGCUAAUGUCAAUCGAAGUGUUUUAGUUGCUUUUUGUUUUGAUUUUAUUUGUACAUUAAUGACUCUUCAGUAGGCAGUCUGUGAGAAUACACUAUUGUAAGAGAAACUGCUGCAAAAGAGAGGGUAUGGCUUUUUUCCUAAGGAAAGGCUGUAGAAUAUCUUAAAUUGUUGCUGUGCUUAGUUUACCUUUUUUGAUUUUUAACUGUAAAAGUGUUUUUUUUUUUUCUUUCCAGAAACCUUCCGUUUAAGAAUGUAGAAACAGUAUUACUACUGAAGCUUGUAUUCCCCCUAUAGGACGGGGAAGGAAAUGCAGCUUUCUUUAUGUACUGCGCUUUUAAGGUCAUACCACACUAUUUCAGUCAGGUCAAACUGUCAGCCUUCCACUGCCAUCCUUAACAAUUGGUCUGAGAUAUUAAUGUUAAUAUGCUUAUGUUUGCUUCCACAGCCCCUACUCUAGUACAGCUAAUACUAAUAUAGGUUAUCAUUUAAACGAUUACUCUGGAUUUUUUAUUUUUUUUUAGCUCGAUUGCUUUCUACUCAGAUAUUCUGGAAGAGAUCUUGUUACACAAGAGGUCAAAAAGUCUGGAUGUUAAGAGUUAGGAGUUGUCUUUUUUUAAUUUAUAUAUAUAUAAUUGUGCAUUUGCACUGUAAUUGCCACUUUUGAAAACAAGUUAUUGUAAUUGAUGAUCAAAUUGACCACAUUUCUAAGUUAUCUCCAAAGGAGUUGUUUGCUGCCACAGAAGGAAACCUGAGGAAUCUCAAAUUUGAGAGCUCUGUUAGGUUUGUUUAAAAGAGGAGACGAUGCUGCUUUAAGUUAAAUUAAAGAAUGUUUGGAGGGCACAUGGUGCCCGCUGAGGCCCACUUAGUUUACACUGUUUGUGAUAUGCAUAUGCAAAGAUGGUCUUUUUUAAGAUAAUUGAUAUUAUUACAAAGCCCACUGCUUAAAUUAAUAAUUUCUGCAAAAUCUCUUGUCAUUCUGAGCCAGAAGCAAGCGUUGUUCUGUUUUAAUAGAUAUUAAACUCAAAUAAAUUGCACAAGGUGACGUUUAAAAAAACAA